ACUAUGGCAGAAGCUCAUUCUGCAGUUGCUUUUAGUUUUACAAUCACGCAUGAUGGUGUCAACAUUAAUUAUGACCAUGACAUUAUUUAUGCUGUAUGGCAAAGCGGCUUACGAUCAUGGAGAAGAAGGCUAACUAAGUUUUGGAAUAACGUUUGGACAGGAGCUUAUCCGGCCUCCCCAUAUAGUCUUCUCAUAAUUGCUGUGAUACUUGCAUUUCUAACAUGGAAAGAAAGGGAUGUCUCACAUGGAUUCAUAGAUUUCCUUUCAUAUUAUUUUACUGAUAAUCCAUUAGUAGCAACAUUCAGUAUUGCUGCAUUUUAUGCCGUGUAUACAGUGGUCCUGUGGCUAAUAUUUGUCAAUAUUGUUCGAUACUGUGUAAAGAUGUUAUUCAUGUACAAAGGAUGGAUGUAUGAAACACGCACUGGAAAAAUAACAACUGCUACUAAACUAUGGCUUAGUAUCAUCAAAUUCAUCGUGAAGCGUAAACCCCAACUGUAUAGUUUUCAAGGAUCUCUUCCAAAUCUACCUGUUCCUCCAUUGACUGAAACAAUGAAAAGGUACCUUUUGUCUGUAAAACCACUGCUUGAUGAUGAAAAGCACAAACGAAUGCAAAAGCUUGCUGUAGAUUUUGAAAAUGGCAUUGGUAAAAAAUUACAGAGAUAUUUGGUUUUGAAAUCUUGGUGGUCUACAAAUUAUGUUUCUGAUUGGUGGGAGGAGUUUAUUUAUCUUCGUGGUCGUGGUCCUUUGAUGAUCAACAGUAAUUUCUAUGGUCUUGAUGCCAUACUUAUACACCCUACAAGUGUUCAAGCUGCUCGAGCUGCAGGUUUUAUCCAUGCUGCGUUUCUUUUCAGGCGAUGUAUAGACAGGCAAACUCUUACACCAAUUAUGGUCCAAGGAAUAGUACCAUUAUGUUCAUCACAAUAUGAAAGAGUUUUUAAUACCACUCGUAUUCCUGGGAAAGAAACUGAUAAACUGGUUCAUUAUGAUGACAGCCAACACGUUGUGGUUUAUCAUGCUGGACGAUAUUUCAAGCUUCCUGUGUAUUAUAUGGGUCGCCUACUUCGACCUGUGGAAUUGCAAAGACAAAUAGAAAAAAUUCUGCAAGAUGAAUCGCCACCACAACCAGGAGAAGCUUAUUUGGGAGCUUUAACUGCAGUGGAAAGAACCCUGUGGGCUGAAGCUAGAGAAAAAUACUUUUCGAAAGGCAUUAAUAAGGCAUCUUUGACUACAAUAGAGAAGGCUGCAUUUUUUGUUACGCUUGAUGAAGAAACAUAUGAAUAUGAUGCUAAUGAUCCAAGUAAACUUAAUGCAUUUGGCUGUGCCAUGCUACAUGGCAAAGGUUAUGAUCGCUGGUUUGACAAGUCAUUCAACAUAAUUGUGGCCAAAAAUGGAAGGGUUGGACUGAAUGCGGAACAUUCAUGGGCUGAUGCUCCUAUCAUGUCACAUGCAUGGGAAUUCUGCUUAGCUCAGGAAUCCAAAUCAAAUUGGUACAAUGAAUUUGGUAAUUGCGAAGGAGAAUCCAGAAACAAUUUAUUCCCUCCAAGCCGUUUGAAAUUUGACUUCUCCCCUCAUAUUGUUGAAAUAAUAGAUAAUUGCAUGCAAUCAUCCCAAACUGCCAUUGCUGAUGUUGACCUUAGAUUGCUCAUGCACAAGGCAUAUGGUAAAGGAUUCAUGAAGAAAUGUCGAGUCAGUCCUGAUGCUUAUAUUCAAAUGGCCUUACAGUUAGCUUAUUACAGGGAUUCCAAUAAAUUUAGCUUGACUUACGAAGCAUCAAUGACUCGCUUGUACAGAGAAGGUCGUACUGAGACGGUCAGACCAGUCACUAUUGAGUCUUGUGAAUGGGUUAAGUCUAUGAUGGAUCCAAAUGCCACCAGGGAAAAAAAGAUUGAUUUGCUUCGUAUUGCUUGCAAUCGUCACCAGAAGGGUUACCAAGAUGCCAUGUGUGGUCAAGGCAUAGAUCGUCAUUUAUUUUGCCUGUACGUUGUUGCUAGGUAUUUGAAUGUAGAAUCACCAUUCCUUAAUGAAGUUCUCAGCGAGCCCUGGAGGCUUUCUACUAGCCAGACUCCACAUGGUCAAACAGAUUUGUUGGAUUUAAGAAAAAAUCCUGAUCAUAUAUCUGCAGGAGGAGGUUUUGGACCUGUUGCAGAUGAUGGUUACGGAGUCUCAUACAUCAUUGCUGGAGAAGAUAUCAUAUUUUUUCAUAUAUCUAGUAAAGUUUCAUCCCCUGAAACAGAUUCUGACCGUUACAGGAGGAAUAUCGAACAGGCAUUGGCCGACAUGAAGACUCUCUUUGAGCAAAGCUCAUAAUGAAAAAUUGUCGCUAGUGCAACAUUGCCAUAUUUUAAAUAUUUAAAAGUAUUUUGGUCAUAUAUGUGUAAAUUAACAGCAUGCAGUUUUUUAAGACCUCAAAGAGUUUCUCUUCAGUUUGAAGUAUCAAAACCGUGAAAAAUACUAUAUACUGUUUUUGUAUAUAACUCUGUUAUCAC